AUGGAUCUGCAUUCGCUCUCCCCAAGACUCCGUCACUUUCUCGUGAACAGACUUGACAAUCCUCGCUCUGUAGGCUCAGAACCAUUUGUCCAGGAAAACGAACUUUGCGAGCUAUUAGGUGUCUUCCCUCAAUAUGACAGUUUUACCUGCUUUGGCAGGACCUCUUCUUCCGGCUUCCGAUGCAGAAACAGAAUCAGUCGAGAACAGCGGCACAUCGCAAAAGUCCUUCUCACGAAUGCCAACCAAACCUUCCAGCACCGAGACACCAACCUCAGAGAACUGAUGCAGGACUUUGAGCAAAUCGCAAGCAAUGUACUCUGCCAUACUUAUCACCAGAAUCAGAUCAGCCGCCUUGCGACGAGUUGGAUGCUGAAGACAAUGCAAUAUCAAGUCUUGGAAUUUGAUAUUCGCCAGCUACGGAUGGAGGCCACUCUGGGGUCACUGGUGGAGGCGUUUAAUGAUAUUGGCGAGCGUUUAAGGGCUGACGGGUGCAUUUCUGCCGAAGCGUAUGAAGCCGGGAGAAUCCGUCCAGGCGAUCUUAAUCUAGGAGCCGUUAGUGGCGUUGCUGAGCAGGAAACCGUUGGGUAUGCGCAUGUAGACGGGGAUGGAGGUGAAAUUGAGGAUCGCGAGCUCGAACCUGAGUCUGAGCCUCCGCCUAUUGCUGCUACCGUACCUCUUGUCGCAACGCCGCAACCACGGCCACAGGAAACACGAAUCCAACCGGUUACCCAUGCCGCUUACCGUGCAACUGCCGUUCUCAACUUGACUACCGCUUACCUGUCCGAAUUGUCGUUGCAAUUUGUCCAGAGAUUCUUAAUCCGCGAAUCACUUAGAAUUUUGGACUCCAGGCUACCCUGGGCAUGA